AUGUGUAUAAUCGUAGAUGCUGUGAAACGGCAACCCUCAGAUAUACCAAUCGAAGAACAAAUAAGCAAUGCAAUGGGGGAAGUUGGACCAUCCAUAACACUCGCCAGCUUAUCAGAGGUUCUAGCAUUUGCUGUAGGAUCAUUUGUUUCUAUGCCAGCAUGCCGUGUUUUCUCGAUGAUUGCAGCUUUAGCGGUUCUGCUGGACUUCUUUCUACAAAUCACUGCUUUUGUGGCUUUGGUUACAUUAGACUUUGAGAGAGCCAAGGAUAACCGGGUUGACUGCUUCCCAUGCAUUAAGUUGAACCGACACUCAAUGGAGCAGAUUGAAGGAACUAGGCAGGAAACAGAUGGACUACUGACACGGUAUAUGAAGGAGGUUCACGCACCAUUUCUUGGACUAUGGGUAGUUAAAAUCUUGGUCAUUGCCAUAUUUGGUGCAUUUACCUUAGCAAGCAUUGCAUUGUGCAUCAGGAUUGAACCCGGUCUUGAGCAACAGAUUGCUCUUCCGCGGGACUCCUACCUUCAGGGUUAUUUCAGUAACAUUUCUGAGUACCUCAGAGUGGGACCACCAUUGUAUUUUGUUGUGAAAGACUACAAUUAUAGUUUGGAAUCGAAACAUACGAACCAGCUAUGCUCCAUUAGCAACUGUGAUUCAAAUUCCCUUUUAAAUGAGAUAUCUAGAGCAUCAUUGGUACCGAAAUCAAGCUACAUUGCCAAACCUGCUGCCUCAUGGCUUGAUGAUUUCCUUGUAUGGAUAUCACCUGAAGCUUUUAGUUGCUGUCGGAAAUUCACAAAUAAUUCAUAUUGUCCACCUGAUGAUCAGCCACCUUGCUGUUUCCCAGAUGAAGGACCGUGUGAGUUUGGUGGAGUGUGCAAAGACUGUACAACAUGUUUCCGCCACUUGGAUUUGGUUAAUGAUCGUCCAUCUACAGCACAGUUCAAAGAGAAGCUUCCCUGGUUUCUUGAUGCGCUGCCAUCAGCUGAUUGUGCAAAGGGUGGCCAUGGAGCUUACACCAAUAGUGUAGAUCUCAAUGGUUACAAGGGUGGUGUCAUACAAGCUUCUGAAUUCCGUACAUAUCAUACACCACUUAAUAGACAAGGUGACUAUGUUAAUGCAAUAAGAGCUGCAAGGGAGUUUUGCUCUAAAAUUUCUGCGUCUUUAAAGAUGGAUGUAUUUCCCUACUCAGUAUUUUAUAUCUUCUUUGAACAAUAUUUGGAUGUAUGGAAGAUAGCCCUGAUCAACAUUGCGAUAGCACUGGGUGCUGUUUUUGUUGUUUGUUUGGUCAUCACAUCAAGCGUGUGGAGUUCAGCAAUCAUAUUACUUGUUCUUCUCAUGAUAAUUCUGGACCUCUUGGGUGUAAUGGCGAUUCUGGGUAUUCAACUAAAUGCGGUGUCUGUUGUAAACCUGAUUAUGUCAAUAGGGAUUGCCGUGGAGUUUUGUGUGCAUAUAGCCCAUGCAUUCAUGGUAAGUUCAGGGGAUAGGAGUCAACGAGCAAGGACAGCAUUGUGCACCAUGGGGGCUUCUGUAUUCAGUGGAAUCACACUUACAAAAUUAGUUGGAGUUCUGGUCCUUUUCUUCUCAACAUCAGAAAUUUUUGUGGUGUAUUACUUUCAAAUGUAUCUGGCCUUGGUUAUCAUUGGCUUCUUGCAUGGUCUGGUGUUUCUACCAGUGGUAUUGAGCCUGUUUGGUCCUCCAUCAAGAUAUGCAGAUAUAAAGGAGUAG